AAGAAUAUGAAAUUUUGGAUGUUGGGGAGCAACAAUAUCCUACGAUACUUGGAGGAUACCCCCUUUGUCGUGGCUUUACUACCGCUCUGUGGUCUACUCCUCAACCCCUAGAGGAUACCCCCUUUGUCGUGGUUUUACCACCGCUCUGUGGCCUACUCCUCAGCCCCUAG